GAGGGCGAGCGGAAACGGCGCCGCAAGGGCGGAGACAGAGCGGGGGGAAAGGAGGAGAGAACCAGGAGAGGGAAGGGACAGGGCAGCAAGAGUAAAGGGCGUGGCAAGGCCAGCACCAUCACGCCCGUGGUGGGGAAGAAGCGUCGCCGCAAUCCCAGCUCCGACAACUCCGACUCGGAGGCGCUGCCGGCGCCGUCCCCGCGGCGCGACGAGGAGGGCGGCGUGCAGAAGCGCCGCUCCAACCGGCAGGUGAAGCGGAAGAAGUACACGGAGGACCUGGACAUCCGCAUCACGGACGACGAGGAGGAGGAGGAGCUUGACGUCACCGGGGGGGGCGGGGCGCGGCCCGAGCGGGGGGAGGGGCCCGCCCGGGGGGAGGGGCCCGAGCGGGGGGAGGGGCCCGAGCGGCCGCCCCCGCCCCCCCCCGAGCCCGACGGCGACGCCCUGCUGCCCUCCAUGCAGUUCUUCGUGGAGAACCCGAGCGAGGAGGACGCCGCCAUCGUGGACAAGGUGCUCUCCAUGCGGGUGGUCAAGAAGGAGCUGCCCUCGGGACAGGUGGUGGAGUCCGAGGAAUUCUUCGUCAAGUACAAGAACUACUCGUACCUGCACUGCGAGUGGGCCACGAUCGCUCAGCUGGAGAAGGACAAGAGGAUCCACCAGAAACUCAAACGGUUCAAGACCAAAAUGAACCAAAUGAGGCAUUUCUUCCACGAGGUUUGGGCCCUGACAGGUGUGCUGCCCCUCCCCCAGCCCGUGGUGUAUUACCUGGUCAAGUGGUGCUCGCUGCCCUACGAGGACAGCACCUGGGAGCUGCAGGAGGACGUGGACGAGGCCAAAAUCGCCGAGUUCAAACGGAUCCAGGCCCGGCACCCCGAGCUCAAGAGACAGCCACGCCCCCAGGCCGGCGCCUGGAAGAAGCUGGAGGCGUCCCACGAGUACAAAAACCACAACCAGCUCCGGGAGUAUCAGCUGGAGGGGGUGAACUGGCUCCUGUUCAACUGGUACAACAGGCAGAACUGCAUCCUGGCGGACGAGAUGGGGCUGGGGAAGACGAUCCAGUCGAUCGCGUUCCUGCAGGAGGUGCACGGGGCCGGCGUGCGCGGCCCUUACCUGGUCAUCGCACCUUUGAGCACCAUCGCCAACUGGGAGCGCGAGUUCAGCACCUGGACACACCUGAACACCAUCGUGUACCACGGCAGCCUGGCCUCACGGCAGAUGAUCCAGCAGUACGAGAUGUACUGCAAGGACAGCAAGGUGAGCUCACCUGGGAUACACCUGGAUGGGUUAUACACCUGUUAG